GCUGAGGCUGUCUCCAAGCCCCAGCUCACAGAAGGGGGGCUCCAGGAUCCACGUGAGCCACUCCACCACACCAGGCUCCUCCAAGAAGAGGAAGCUGGAGGACGGGGAGCGCCGGACGAGCUUCUCCCAACAUGCGAGGACCAGCGGCCGCGUGGCCGUGGAAGAGGUUGAUCUGGAAGGGAAAUUUGUCCGUCUCAGGAACAAGUCCAACGAGGACCAGGCGAUGGGGAACUGGCAGAUCAAGCGUCAGAAUGGAGAGGAGGCCCUCAUCAGUUACCGCUUCCCUCCCAAGUUCACCCUGAAGGCCGGCCAGGUGGUCACGAUCUGGGCCUCCGGAGCCGGCGCCACCCAUAGCCCUCCCACUGACAUGGUGUGGAAGGCCCAAAGCUCCUGGGGC